AUGUCCCCUGCACUUGCGACGCUGUCUCUGAUCAGCCUGGUGGCCCUGAGUUCAGCCCGUACGCCUACAGCACGCACUGCCAAGACGACGCCGGCGCCGUACACGAGGCAGUUCUCCGAGCUACCAGACUACGACACCUACCGCUUCGUGGAGCGCCUAAGGUCCGAGCAAGCUCGACAGCUUCGUGAGCGCGACGGCAGCACCAACGCAACUAGCCGCGCGCGCUUCCUACCUCGAAUGCCACUGAGCAAGCCGAUCUGGUUGAGUUUCAGCGGCAGAGGUGGACGGCAAGAUCGGGCGGCUGGUGACCGUCGACGCGCCACCGAUGAUUCUAGUUCUGCCAUUCGUCGCCAGGUGCUGCAGUUCAUCCAGGACCACCAGCUCAUCCUUUACAUAGCAUGCUCGUGCGUGCUCACGGGCGUGGUUCUACUGGUCACGCUCAUGGCCUUUCACGGCAACCAUCGCGGCUCGGACGCCAGGAGCACGUUGUACGGCGAGUCGUACGCUUUGAUGGACAGGCGGCCGCUGCUCGGCAAGAGGCGAUCGGUACUCGAGGAGGACAGCGAGGACGAAGAGGAAACAGCCAUCGACGGCAAAAACGCUCGCGGCACCGGAGAGGGACGACGACCACAACCCGAAAGACGUGCUGGCUUCGUGGACGAUGGGAAUUUCGAGAUCACCACGUUGUCCGAGAUCGGCGUCGGUGAAGGGGCAACCAGCUGGUCGGAGCCGGACGCAGGGCUAACGUCUCCAGUUUCACUGAUCACGUGCUUAUUUUUUUCUCCCUCUCUUUCAUUUUUUUUCCACAACGAUACACUUCUCACACAGCCCACGGACGUGUUCCCUAGCCGGCUGUUGGAUCUAUGCAAUCAGGAAACGCCCCUCCCUUUCCUGGCUUUCCUGCCCAACGGAUGCCAGGAUCGAUCCAAAUGGCUUGCCCACGGCCACCACAGCGAGGUCUUCCAGGUGGCGUCCACGCUGAAGCGAACUGUCCUGAAGGUGAUUCCCGUAACGGGAAUAUUCACAGAUCAACGUGUGGACGCCAUCGCAGCAGCCAUAGAAUGCAGCGUCAAACUUAGCCUGCUGAGACACGGAGUGCGCUACAGAACGCCCAGUUUCGUCGAAACGCAAAGGAUCGCAUGCGUGUUUGACCAGUUCCCAAAGUGGCUGCUGCGCGGUGACCAUGGUCUCGGGUCCAGGGACUUCCAGGCAGGCAAAAACCAAUGCUUCCUAACGCGACAUUUCAUCGUGCUUGAACUGGGCUACGCUGGAAAACCACUAUCACGGAUAACGCUACGCAGUGCAGUGCAAGGCCGGAGCGUCGUAUUGCAGGCAUCUUGCUGCAUGGCAGUGGCCGAACGCGCUCUGGGGUUCCGGCACCUUAGCGCGAACCCUGACAAGCUGCUGGUGACGGCGACCGAUGCGGCGAGCCUCGAGUACCACUUUCCGGACAGGUCUCCGCUGUCCAUCGACAGCGCGGGCCUCAGGGUGCACGUCGCUGGUUGCUUGUCCUUUGCGCUCGGACCAGAAGCCAAAGAAGACGACAACAACUCGCCAUCUUCGCCACCUCGUGCUAAGAGCGCGCUCAGCAACGCCCCUUCUCACAGCAGCAGCAGCGAAGCACUGCGCUUCAAAAGCAACGUGACGUGGCUGGGCGCCGUGGUGGGCAGCGUGGUGCGCAAGCUGCGUUCCGAGUUGCCGGAGUCCCGUGCUCGUGCGGAACGCGGUCUCGUCGAGGAGUUGUUGAUGCUGCAGAGGCGCCUGCAGCAGUGCGACUCUGUCGGAGAGUUCUUCGACACGCUGAGCAUCUGAAGAUGGCGCCUCGAGCGCUAUUUUCUUCCGUCAUCUGAUCGACGUCUCUCGAUGUUUUAUUUAUUUUUUUUUGUUUCUUACGUUACCUCUC